AUGCCUACUCCCUCCUCUGGCGGGAACCGCAAACAAAUGGGUAAAAGGAAACACAAGGACUCAAGCCGAGACGAAUCGCAAGAAGAGCAGGAACAGAAACAGAGGACGAUUCCGGAUUUGUUUAGCAGAGACCACCACAGCACGAAUCAUAAACAGGCGCCCCCUCCAUCACAAUCCAACAAGCGGUUACGGCGUAACGAAUGCGACUCUGACCGCGAGACACCGCCCCAAGAAGUAGCGCCUAUCACCGUCGAUAAGAUGUAUAAGUUCACCAGCUCGGACGGCAAGGGGAGUAAUGGAAGUGCGUUUGGAUUCGCUCGCGCCGAUAACCGAACGCCGCUCGCGAGGACAAGGCAGUUCAAUUCUUCCAACCCAAGCAGUUUUACACCCCACACGGGUGCAAAGACGCUCAAGGUCAAGAACCUGCGCGAUACGCCCAAGCUCGAUCAACAGCUCUAUUUUGACAAAGUGUGGUCGCAGCUGGACUCGGCCCUCACGGCAAUAUUCAACCAUGAGAAGCUUCCGUUUUCUCUAGAAGAGCUGUACAGGGGCGUCGAGCAUGUGUGCAGGCAGGGAAGAGCAACAAACCUGGCCAAAAAUUUAAAGGACCGUUGCAUGGAACAUAUUUCGGGGACAGUCAUGGAAUCACUACUUGCCAAAUCUACGUCUGGAGACGAGGCCGGGGUAUUGCGGGCUGUGGAGGCUGCAUGGACACAGUGGAAUGCGCGACUGAUGACGGUUCGGUCCAUUUUCUACUAUCUAGAUCAGUCCUUCCUCCUCCAUUCUCCCAACAACCCCGUUAUUUCUGAGAUGGGCCUCCUCCAGUUCCGUUCCUCUGUUUUCUCUGAUGAGACGCUGAAAUCCAAAAUAUUGCAGGGGGCCUGCCUUCUGAUCGAGUUGGAUAGAUUGGAGGAUACCUAUGCCGAUCCCACCCUUUUGCGAAGUUCCAUCAAGUUGUUUCACGACUUGAAGAUUUACUCCAGUCAGUUUGAGCCAUCUAUGCUUGAGAGCUCAGCAACAUAUUACAAGAAUUGGGCUGCAACCCAUGUGACUGAAGACGACCUGGCAAGCUAUGUCGAAAAGUCAUAUCGGCUUAUUGAGCGGGAGAUGGCUCGGUGCGAUCUCCUCUCGUUCGACAGAGGGACCAAGCAGAGGUUGGCCGAGCUGCUCGAUCAUAACCUGAUGGCUAAUCAAAAACUGUUCCUUCUUCAGGAAGCUGAUAUCAUUGGUCUCCUCCGAGCAAACAAUGCCACCGCUCUGGAGCGGCUAUUCUCCAUGCUUGAACGAAAAGGCAUGGGCGUGGAUGUAAAGUCUGGGUUUAGUAAAUAUAUUGUUGAUGAAGGUUCCGCCAUUGUCUUUGAUGAAGCGCGUGAAUCGGAGAUGGUCACCAGACUCCUUGCUUUCAAGCAGAGUCUAGACCAUAUCUGGAAGUUCUCAUUCCAUACUCAUGAACAACUCGGCCAUACCCUUCGUGAAUCAUUUGAAACUUUCAUCAACCAGCAUAAGAAGACUGAUUCUAACUGGGGCACAGACAACCCUAAGCCGGGUGAGAUGAUUGCAAAGCAUGUUGACCUGUUACUCAAGGGAGGAGUGAGAGCACUCCAGAAUCGUCCAGUUGAGGACAUCACUGGCAACUCCAGCCUUACCGACGAGGAUGCAGAAAUCAAUAAACAGCUAGACCAAGUCUUGGACCUCUUCCGAUUCGUACAUGGCAAAGCCGUGUUUGAAGCCUUCUAUAAGAAUGACCUCGCUAGAAGACUUCUUAUGGGUAGGAGUGCCAGUGACGAUGCGGAGAAGAGCAUGCUCUCGAGGCUCAAAUCAGAGUGUGGCUCCAACUUCACGCACAACCUGGAGACCAUGUUUAAGGAUAUGGACCUUGCACGGGACGAAAUGGCUUCGUAUAACGCCCUGCUGCGGGAGAAGGACGAACGGCCAAAGAUUGACCUCAAUGUUAAUGUCAUAUCUGCAACUGCGUGGCCGAGCUACCCGGAUGUGCCCGUCAACAUCCCAGCAUCGAUAUCUGAAGCCAUCACCAACUUUGAGAAAUUUUAUAAUAACAAAUACAGCGGGAGAAGGCUUCAUUGGAAGCAUACCCUCGCCCAUUGUCAGUUAAAGGCGCGGUUCCCUCUUGGAGACAAGGAGCUCGUUGUGAGCUCGUUCCAGGCCAUCGUGCUUCUUCUAUUCAACGAUGCUGGUUCCGAAACGCUGUCGUACGAGGUUAUCAAAAAAGCUUCUCGUCUUUCCGAUGUGGAGCUGAAAAGAACGCUACAGUCUCUAGCCUGUGCUAAAUACCGCGUUCUCCUCAAGAAGCCCAAAGGCAAGGAGGUUAACAAUGGAGAUGUAUUUGCAUACAAUGCCAAGUUCGAAGAUCAAAAGAUGCGCAUCAAGAUCAAUCAGAUCCAGCUGAAGGAGACCAAACAGGAGAACAAGACGACACACGAGCGUGUUGCCCAAGACCGACACCUUGAGACACAGGCAGCGAUCGUGCGCAUCAUGAAAAGUCGCAAGGUCAUUACGCAUUCAGACCUGGUGGCGGAAGUAAUCAAGGCAACCAAGAAUCGCGGCCAGCUCGAGAUUGACGGUAUCAAGAAAAACAUUGACAAGCUCAUUGAGAAGGAUUACAUUGAACGAGAAGAAGACAACCGGUACAAGUAUAUUGCCUAG